UAAGGCCCAACGUUGGAAGUGAAACCCUAAUCUAGUCGCUGACGACGACCAUAUAAACAGCUGAACCUUGGUCCGUGAGAGAUUUCCCGCAACUCCUCUGAAAUCUAGGGUUUUUCUCUGCAACCAACGAAAUGGGCAAAGGAACAGGAAGUUUCGGAAAGAGGAGGAACAAGACCCACACUCUCUGUGUGCGGUGCGGCCGCCGCAGCUUCCACCUCCAGAAGAGCCGCUGCUCCGCCUGCGCCUACCCUGCUGCCCGUCUCAGAAAAUAUAACUGGAGUGAGAAGGCGCUGCGCCGAAAGACUACCGGAACUGGGCGGAUGAGGUACCUGAGGAAUGUGCCGAGGAGGUUCAAGAGCGGCUUCCUUGAAGGUACACAGGCUGCUCCAAGGAGCAAGGGAUCUGCUGCCGCUUCCUCAUAAGUUUUCAGAGCCCACUGAACUCAAACCUGUUUGGAUUUCGUUUUGAAUUUUGUUUAGUUGUCUUGAUAGUACUGAAUUUCACUUGAAUUUUGUUUAGACUGUCUCGGUUCGCAGCUGCAUUUUGAUAUGAAUGGAAAUGACUCUCAGUUACAAUUA